GUUACUGAGCCACACCACAUCUGGCCUUCACUUACAGAUGACCAGUGGAUGAAGGUUGAGGUAGCGCUUAGAGAUCUCAUUCUCUCAGACUAUGCAAAAAAGAACAAUGUCAACACAUCAGCAUUGACGCAGUCUGAGAUCCGUGAUAUUAUACUCGGAGCUGAGAUUACUCCUCCAUCCCAGCAGCGCCAACAGAUAGCUGAGAUUGAGAAACAGGCCAAGGAAGCAAGUCAACUGACAGCGGUUACCACAAAGACCACAAAUGUCCAUGGUGAUGAGUUGAUCGUUACUACUACGAGUCCUUACGAGCAAGCUGCCUUUGGCUCUAAAACAGAUUGGCGUGUGAGAGCAAUUUCUGCAACAAAUCUCUAUCUCCGUGUGAACCACAUAUAUGUAAAUUCAGAGGACAUAAAGGAGACUGGAUAUACGUACAUCAUGCCAAAGAAUAUUCUGAAGAAGUUCAUUUGCAUUGCCGAUCUGCGGACACAAAUUGCUGGUUACUUAUAUGGUGUAAGUCCACCAGAUAAUCCUCAGGUGAAGGAAAUCCGGUGUAUUGCAAUGCCUCCACAGUGGGGGACACAUCAGCAGGUGCAUCUACCUUCCGGUCUUCCGGAGCAUGAUUUUCUCAAUGACUUGGAGCCUUUGGGAUGGAUGCACACACAACCAAAUGAACUUCCUCAGUUGUCUCCACAGGAUGUUACUUCACAUGCUCGGAUCCUGGAGAACAACAAACACUGGGAUGGAGAGAAGUGUAUUAUAUUGACAUGCAGCUUCACACCAGGGUCUUGUUCGUUAACUGCAUAUAAGUUGACCCCAACUGGGUAUGAAUGGGGACGUGCUAACAAAGAUACAGGAAGCAACCCUCAUGGUUACCUGCCGACUCAUUACGAGAAGGUCCAGAUGCUGUUGAGUGACCGAUUCCUUGGCUUUUACAUGAUACCUGAUAAUGGUCCAUGGAAUUACAACUUCAUGGGAGUGAAGCACACUGUUAGCAUGAAGUACGGGGUGAAAUUAGGUACACCUAGGGAGUACUACAAUGAGGAUCACCGACCUACACAUUUCCUGGAAUUCAGCAAUAUGGAGGAAGGUGACACUGCUGAGGCAGAUCGGGAAGAUACAUUUACAUAAUACAAAGCCAUUCAAAUAUACGUUGGUAAGUUUACCCUUAAGCCUUUGGGAAGUCAAAUCAAAUGGUGACUUAGUUGUUGUAUGUCUCAGCUAUAAUCCAUAGUGUAGUGGCUGAUGAUAUUAGAUGGAACCCCUACAAGUUGUAAAUAUAUCAAAUGAAUUUGUAGCUUGAUACCACUGUAUGCUUUUUAUCCGAGGGCGGAUCUCGUCUUUGUCGGUUUAGAAUUUAGCUCGCGCCCUUUAGAUGCGGCAAACCAAACAGAUGUUUGUACAGUAAGAGGAAGCAAAUCGUGUUUUUGGUAUUUUGAUUUUUCCUUUAAUCCUGUUGUAGUAGGAACCUUGUAUGCCGAGAGCAAUGCAACUGAACAGUGUAAGAUUUAGAAUGGUCAUUAAUUAAACGCUAGUAAUGUCUUUC